ACCAGUCACCAAAGUUUAUAAGCACUCUCAUUUUUUUUAUCCCAAUGGUUGCCCAAGAAAGUUUGGUCAUGAAAGUUUGGUUGACCAAAGUGUCGUAUUUUCUUAUUUCUCCUCACCCUUUUUCACGUGAACUGUUAUUCGUCGUUCGCAAAUUACAGGAUGACGCUCCCAUUUUUAUGUGUAUUGAUUAUUUUGCCCUUGAUUGUUUUAAUUCCAUAUAAGGCUCCACCAUGACUCACUUUAGCUAGUAAAAAGUUUAAUAUUAUUCCCGACCCCCCACUUGUCUUUAAAAAAUCCCGACCCACCAAAAAACCCGAGACCACCAUUGUACGGUAAUUCCGACCAAUUUUUAAAAAAUCCCGAGUGUGGUAGUUGGGGCCCACUAUUCACGAUGAGCGACGACAACUUUAAUACGCCGGAGCAGUCGUCGGAAGAAUCUGAUUCGGAGGAUGAAGAAGGCGGUGACGGGGUGGAUUAUAGUACAAAUUUCGUGACUGACGAGGUUUUUCGAACGUUUGAUGAAGCAGUUAGUUGGGCGGAUGCUGUUGCAAUAAAUCUGGGAUUUAUUUUGGUGAAAUCGUCUUUCAACAGACAGAGGGAUGGUCGACCAUAUCGAUAUUUAAGAUGUGAUCGAGGACGCAGGAGUAAGCCGAGAGAUCUUGAGAACGCAAUAAGGAAGGACACGAAAACCAAAGCCAAUGGUUGUCCUUUCUACAUCAAGAUAUCUUACAAUUUUGUUGACGACUAAUGGUUUAUCACGGCGAAAAAUGAUGUAACUGGGACCCACAACCAUCCAAUGAUUGCGUAUCCAGAGGGGCAUCGUAAAAUAAGCGGGUUAAGCCCGGAAGCGAAGCAGGUUGUGUGUAACAUGACCAAGUCUAAGGUAGCACCGCGUAACAUCAUGGCGACUAUUGCCGAGCAAUUUCCUCAGGAUCAUCUAAACAUCAGACACAUCUACAACUGCCGAAAUGACUUCAGAA